AUGGAGGACCAGUUCGGUGGCCGCACAGACGACGAUCUGUUCUACGACGAUUUCGAGCCCGUCGAGUCUGAGGCUGUUUUGAUACAGGAGGAGCAGUAUUAUCAGCAUGAGCAUGAGCCCACACCUUUGCCAUCGUCAAUAUCUGCUCCAGUCCCUGCUCCAGCUCCAGCUGCUUCAGCUCCAGCUCCUCGGCCGCUCCAACCCGGCAAAGGCCUUUCGUCCUCCCGCUUCGCUGACAAGCCAGCUCCGAAACCGUCGCCAGCGCCCGCAAAGGCUUCUACACAGGCCCCGAAGCCUGCUCCCGCACCGGCUGCCACAGAAGCACCACCUCCUCAACGCUCAUCGCCAUCGCAAAACACCGCCGUGAGCGCCGAGGUUCGUGCCAAGUCUGGCUCUAACCCGCGCCAAAAGCUCACCGAAGACGAGCUGGCUGCAAAGAUGGAGAAGAUGAAGCUUCUGUCGGCAGAAAAGGCACGCAAGUUCGAAAUGGCAGAGCAAGAUGAGAAGCAGCAUGCUGCAGCAUACGCGCGAGGAAUGGAGGAGGCUCGCAAGAGAAGAGCCGAAGAUGCUGAGAGGAGGAAACGUGGUGAAGAGGAGAGACGCAAGCUGGAGGAUGAGCGAGCGAAAAACAGAGAGAGGAAGCUCAAGGCCAUGAACAUCAAGGACGGUAGCUGGGAUGAAGGCAAGGAGGCCUUGGCCGAAGAGGAAGCUAGGCGCGGCUUCCGGGGCGCAAACGGCGGCAUCAGAGGGGCCAAGACUCGCGGCCUAGGUGGGAGUCGAUAUGCUAGAGAUGAUGAGGCCCCCGACGUCGAUCGUUUCUUGGAUGAUCGCCACCGCGGUGGUCGGGGACGAGGUGAUCGUGGCAGAGGCGCCAACGGCAACGGCAGAGGUCGAGGCCGAGGCCGAGGUUCAUAUGAUGGGCCAGUUGGCGACUCUCGCCCAGUGAAGCAGCAACAGGUUCCUGCUGCAGACGACUUUCCUUCUCUUCCUUCCGACAACGCCAAAGCCAAGGCAGAACCGGGGCAGAAUAACAAUGCGUCAUCAAAGCCCACCAUGGCACAGGCGGCGGCCGCCCCUCCCCCGCCUUUGCCCAUCGUCCUGGGUGGCGGCAAAUGGGAUGAUGAGAUGGAGGAACUCGACGCUUUGAAUCAAGCCAAGUCAUAG